AUGAUUCGACCAAAACGCAACUCGCGAUCUUCAAAUCACUCGCACGAAUGCCACCAGUGCAUCUCCCCUCCCGAGCGCUCGGCGAGUGGCAGGCGGCUCUCCCUCCCCAUGUCGCUGCUGCAGACGCCGCACGUCCCGGGGCCGGCGGUGGGGACUCCGUCCUUUGGCGCCGUCGCGCGCGUGCGCCCCGUCGACCACCCCUUUACGGAGGAGCCGGGGGAUAUGAGCGGGGAUCAGUACGUUCCCACGCCUCCUUCUAUUCCGGCACGUGAGUCGACGGAGUACAUGUCCGAGAAGCCCGGACAGACGGUCACGCGGAGGGCUACGGCGCACUCGCCGACACUUGCGCCUUUGCCUCCGCCGGCGAUGGAGGGGGAUGGCGGGGGUGGGAAAGGGCCAGGAGGGAGAGAGAGGGGAUCGACGUCCUCAUCCUCGUCCGUGCCCCCGGACGAGAAACCGUAUCCGGACCAGGAGACACACCACGUCCCGCCCGACAUGAAGCCGUACCCGGAACCAAAGAGGACGCGCGAGGAUCCCGAGCUCGGCAUGGGGCUGGUGAACGAGUACGAGCCGUGCACAUUCCAUCGGUGGGCGAUGGAAGAUGUGGCCUCGAUGUCGCUUGUCCCCUGCCUGGUCACGCAGGCACUCUCGGCGGGAGUUCUCGACGCGACGACGUACGCCGAUUUCCAGACGUUCGCAUCAAACCAGACCGGAAACGCGAUCGUGCUCACGCUCGCGGCGGUGGGCGCGGCGCGGGCGCUGGUCCUCCUCACCGGCGUGAGUUUUGCCGGCUUCAUCGCCGGCGCCUUCCUCAUGGGCCAUCUUGGCAACUUCCUCGGCCCCAGGCGCCGGUACUGGCUUCUCAUCAGUAUUUUCUGGCAGUGCUGUCUCCUCAUUAUCUGUGCUGUGUUUGUGAGCCCGCACGGGCCACCAGGGACCCGCGUAGGUGCAAAAAAUGAGUGGGCCGUCCUCUUCCUCUUCGCUCACAUGUCCGGAGCUCAAGUCGUGAUGGCCAGACAGUCCGGAUGCGCGGAGUUGCCCUCAGCGCCGAUGACCAGUGCCUUCGUAGACUUCGUUGCGGACCAGUAUCUGUUCAGAAGUUGGGGGAAUCCGAAGGCUGGGCCGAGAAACAGACGAGUGAUGUAUGUGGUGGCCAUGUUGGGCGGGAGUUUCAUUGGCGCCAUCCUCCACCGCUGGACUGCGAGCUGGGUCGUCAUCAUGGUCACGGUCAUCCUCAAGGCUAUUAGCGUGCUCUUGGUCUGCUUUGCAAGCCCGGAGAACUAG